UUGAAAAUAUACUAGGAUUUCGUUCAUUGUCAAACAAAUUUGAAAGUUUCUUUGAAACAUUCACGAAUUUAUAAGUUUAUAAAUUAAUUUUGGAAGUUGGAAUAAAAUGAAAACUCCGCCGCAACGUAGAAAAGUACAAAAUGAUAUUCAUCAAGCCCGGGGACGUUUUAGAAAUGUGCUAAACGACACAUUGGCCGGUUCCGAUGAUGAUGGGAACGCUAGUGAGGAAGAUUUACCGCAUCGUGGCCGACCACCGAAACAUUUAGCUAAUACAAUGCAAAGGGAAAUCCAGUCACCACGCAGCUCACGGCAUAGCAGCUUGUCACCAGGAAAAUACAUAACACCAACAAAGCGCAGAAAGCGUGAAGAGCGAGAAUCAGAGUCAAUCGGAAUGGAGAACGAUAAGUCGUCAUCGGUACAACCAACACAAAAAAUACAAGCAGAGAGUUUUGUUAUGAAAUUGUUUGAUCGUAGUCUUGAUCUUUCAAAGUAUACGGAACAAACCGCAUUAUAUCCCAUAUGUCGUGCUUGGAUGGCAAAUCAACCACGUAAUCCAAAUAUACGCAGCUAUCGCGAUAGACGUUCACCAUCACCAGUUGAAAGGAAAAGUAAUGCCGCUGAGAUGCUUGAACAGUUACAAAGAGGUGAGAUUCGGAACGUGAAGUCAAUGCCAGCGCCUAAACGAACUGACCUGCCAAAAAUACCCAUACUGAGUCGUGAUGUUUCAAGUACCAAAGAAAUCGAUGAUGUAGUAUUUGGAAGCAAGAAUUUAAACAAGGAUGAACUUUUGGAUAAUCAUUUGAUUAAGUGGAAGACGCUCAAAUCCAGUUGGCUGAAACAGAACAGUAAUUACCAGAAACGUUAUGAACUCAACCAUUUGAUAUUACAACAACUCUUCAAGCCGUAAACACUAUAAUAAUAAGAUAUUAGAAUUUUAUAAACUACAUUAAAUAUGUAUAUGCUUUAGCAAUAAUAUGUAAAUAUGGAUAUGAAUUUAAUAAUAUUUGUCUAUUUUAAAGUUUUUGAGUUAA